AUGGGGUCGAGGAUUUGGUCUUUUGGGUUCCAUUUUUGGAAAGGAUGGUGUAUUAAACCAGCCAAACAGUGUCUUUGGACUUAUAUUUUAUAUACUGCAGUUAUUACUUGGCAUGACAGCAAGUGCAGUGGCAGCUUUAAUCCUCAUGACGUCCUCCAUCGUGUCUGUGGUAGGGUCUCUGUACCUGGCCUACAUUCUGUACUUUGUGCUGAAGGAGUUUUGCAUCAUCUGCGUGUUCACAUAUGUGCUGAACUUCAUUCUUCUUAUCAUCAACUACAAACGACUAGUUUACUUGAAUGAGGCCUGGAAACGGCAGUUGCAGCCCAAGCAGGACUGACAACUUUAUGAACUCUUAACUGACAGUCUGAAGUCCCUUUUCCAUUAAGUUUAUUUUGCAGUUUUUGUUUUGUUUUGUUUUGUUUUGUUUUUUUAUUCUUCACAAGACACUUUCCCUAAGAAUCUUAAACUGAUUUUUUAAAAUCCUGUCAAUUAGAAGGGGCCCUAGCUAUUUUGUGUCAAUCUUAAGUAUGGAUAUUAAAAAAAAAAAAAAAAGGAUACACCGAGCCAAUCAAAGACAAGCUUUAACUACUUCGAAGAUCUUUCUGAAAUAAUAAAAUGUAGCCCUAGCCCCCUUCCCUCAAUUGUAAAGUGAGCAACCAUUGCUAGUAAUUCUUUAAUGUGUAUAAAUUCAAUUUCAGGUAUAACAAAUGUGAUCAUGACAUGAAAAUAUUUUAGAAUAGAUACUGUAUUAAAUAUUGCCAUGUUUACAAUAUGUAAUAUGUUUUUAGCUGAUGGAUUUAAACAUGUAGAUUCAACUAGAAUCCAUUUAUGUGAUAUUUGUAAAUAAAGGUAGAAGUAUUGGAUCCAUCCCUGCAGAACUUACUGUACAGUUUAGUUGAAGUGUAGCAAUGAAGAAUGGUCAGCUCAACGUUGUCAGAUGAAAUAAUGAAAACAGUAAGCCCAUACAGAGCAUCUUGUGAAAGUGCUGACAGCUGUGGGUACAGCAUUGACGGCAAAAAUAAUGGGGUAGUGGUUCCCUUUCAUCUCCCUCCUCUGAAGGAAGACACUAUUUGAAUGUUCAAGUCAAGUUUGUGUCUAGUCAUAAAACUGGAUCCAUUGUAACCUUACAGAAUGAGUCAUGUGACUGACCAGACCUUCAAGUCCAAGGCCUUCAGGAUGCCAGUGACGGGAAAAUGAGUAUAUUUCUUUGGAGAAAAGCUGGAAACAUUAAUAUGGCAUUUUUGGGUACAGUCUUACAACAGUUGAAUUUUCAUGCAGAUAUUUUUCCUUAAUAUUGGUGCCAGUCAACUAGACAGUAUUAUGACUUUGAAAUAACCAGUUUAAGCCCAACCACUACAGAGUAGGAUUGCUCUUUGGUAGCUCUAUAGUGUUUUCCCUAAUUGUUUCUUUCUGCACUAACUAAUCGGAUGUCUAGUUUAAUUGCUUUAGAGUCAAAUAUUGGAUUUGUAAUCUUCAGGGCUGACACGCUGCUUCAGUUUGCUGAAUUGGGAGAAGUACUACAAGUAGAAAUACAUUAAGGUGAAAUACAGUAAAUGUCACUGCUCUUUGUAAUAACUACGCAAAUGCAGUAGGAAGAAUUUUUAAAGGUGAUUUGAAUAAACCCAAAUGAAUUUGUGACAGUA